AAACAAAUCUUUGCAAAGUGGCACUGUUUUGCAACAUAUGUUGUCUUUUAUUAUCUAAAGUGUGGGAAUUGUAAUGUUUGGCUUGUUUUGGUCUAUAAACAAUGUAAAUCUUGCAAGUAUUGCAUAAUGUAUAAUGAAAACUACUUUUGAAAUCAAACAAAAGAACUGAAGGAGAUUUUUCAGUUUAUUUCUCAUCGUCACCAUUAUCUAUGGUUUUUUUUCAACAGAGAGAAGUCAAGCCAUACUGGAAUCUGUCCGUCAAAGUUUUACGUGCAAAGAUCAGUCAGUCAUCUGACUACUUGUCUGCGUCUGAUUGCUAUAUCAUCCUAAAUUUACCCACUGCGUCUGCCCGUACAAAUCGCACCAAGACCAUCCCAAAUAGUGAUGCACCUGAAUGGAAUGAAACCUUCUAUUUUAGGCUUCACAGCAGUGUAAAGAACAUUCUGGAGUUCUUGAUCUAUGAUGAGGACCCAUUCAUGAGAGACGACCACAUCGCCACCAUUCUGUUUGACAUCAAUAACCUCACACCUGGGAAAAAGGAGACAAAAUGCUUCAUUAUAAAUGAUACAACAAAGGAUGAAUUAUGGGUGGAGUUAGAGAUCACAAAGAGCUCUGAGACCCAAGUGCCCUGCAUCUCUAAUGGAGUGUUGGUGGCAGGUCCUUUUUGUGAGCUGAAAAUUGAAGUAGACAAGCUGCUCAAGAACUCUGAAGCAAUGCGGAACAUGGUGUUAAAGCUGAAAGGGGCAUACAAAGAGGAUCUCGUGAUCUCAGACUCUGAGGAGAACUCUAGUUUCCUAAAGACAUUACGAUACUACAUCAACCGAGACCUGGAAACUGAACUCAAUCUCACUUCUGAGACUGUUAUCUCCUUAACACAGGCUGCAACAGACGUAGUGGAUUGUGCAACAGCAAACAUUGUAAACACUGGAUCCUCAAUCCCUUUAAAACCACUGCCAGCCAAACACCAUCUUACAGUCUCUUUGCCUGUUGGAGAGGAAAAAGUUGAUCUGCAGCUCCAAACAGACUAUCGCUCUAAUGAAGAUCUAGAUGUACGUCUGGAUUUUGAUAUCCCAAUAGAAGAAAAGAAUUUUUUGGUGAAAAGGAGAAAAGUUGUGUCACAAGCUCUACAGAAAGCUUUGAAUCUCAAAUUUCCACCUGAACCCAGCAAGGUCCCAUUGGUGGCUGUGGUGUGUUCUGGGGGUGGGUCUAGAGCGAUGACUGGCACAUGCGGAAGCCUAAAAGGCCUGCAGAAGCUCCAACUCCUUGACGCAGUCAGCUACAUCACAGGGGUUUCUGGUUCUACAUGGGCUAUAUCUUCUCUUUAUGAAGACCCUAACUGGUCAAAGAGUGACUAUGAUAAGUUUAUGGAGUUUCUUAAAAAGGAGCUCUCUAAAGGUAUGCUCACCAUGUUUUCCCGUGAGCAGCUACAGCACUACAAACAAAAACUGGAAGAGAGAGAGAAAGAAGGACACCUUGUCUCCCUCAUUGACAUGUGGGGUCUGGCUAUAGAGUAUCUCAUCAAAGGGAAGAAACAAAUGGGUACACUAUCUGAACUGCAGAAGACACUGUCAGAAGGCCAGAACCCUCUACCCAUCUUCAGUGCUGUCAACUUGAAGAAUGGCAAGACAGAAAGUAUAGUGGAUGCUGAAUGGUGUGAAUUCACCCCAUAUGAGGUUGGAUUUCCCAAGUAUGGUGCCUUUGUACCUGCACAGAACUUUGGGAGUGAAUAUUACCUUGGUCACAUGGUCAAGAAACUUCCUGAACCUAGGUUGUCCAUGCUGCUGGGCUUGUGGAGCAGUGUGUUCUCAAUAAAUCUGACACAGAUCUGGAGUUAUGCCACUGGAGUUGCCCCCUCAUGGACUACAGAAGGAGUGAGUAACACAGAAACUGAUAGUAAACCAACAGCACUUUGCACGUACAUGAUCAGCCCUGUGACUGACUUGGCUAAAAUGGUGAGUGGCUUUCUGAACAGCCGCCCCAUUAUCAGCCAGAUAUACAACUUCCUGAGAGGCUUGAAUCUGCACAGGGACUACAGUGAGAACACUGGCUUCAUCACAUGGAAAGAAAAACACCCAGAUACCUUUCCUAACAACAUGACACCAGUUGAUCCUGUGCUAAGCCUGGUAGAUUCUGGAUUUGCUUCAAAUUCAGGAUUCGCUCCUGUGGUACGCUCUCAAAGACAUGUGGACAUUAUUCUGUCUCUAAACUUUUCCUGGGAGGAACAGUUUAAGGUCUUGAAGCAAUCUCAUGAAUACUGCACUGAUCGCAAGAUUCCAUUUCCGAAGAUCGACUUCAAAAUGGUGGAGUCAGAGCCACUAAAGGAAGUUUAUGUGUUUGAGGAUAAAGAUAAUCCAGAGGCUCCCAUAGUGAUUCACUUUCCCUUGGUGAAUGUUUCAUUCAAACAGUUCAAAGCUCCUGGAGUGAGGAGAGAGGGUGAGAAAGAGCUGAGGGAGGGAGCAGUUGAUGUUGACCUUAACAGUAACACCUCUCCAUAUAUCACUCACAAACUCACUUACACACCAGAGGACUUCCAGAAGCUGAUCAACCUCACCUCCUACAACAUCGAAAACAACAAAGACAUAAUUUUAAAAAUGCUGAACAAAGUUCUGAACAGAAACAGAGAAAGGCAGACAGGUAAUGAUAACAGAAAAGAGAUUAAGGCGGUAAAAAGACCACAACCAAAACCAGGAUCACAAAAAACACAAAAGAUAGAAGCAAGAAGACUUUGAUAAAUGCUGCUCUGGGGUACUCCUCAGAACAAAGUCCUAUGGUAUCUUGAAGGCAGCACUAAGAUCUAGAAGCACUAGAAGAGAAAUGUAACAGUGGUCAGAUGAUAAGUGCAGUCUCUGUACUAUAAUGAGGACUAAAUCCUGACUGAAAUUCUUCACAGAUACAAUUUUUGUUUUUUUGUUUUUUGUUUUUUUCUGUAAAAAUGUAAAACACAGUUGAGAAGAUACUACCUUUUCUAGUAUUUUAGACAUAAAUAAGAGAUUUGAGAUGGAGUGAAAAUAAAAUCCAGUGUCAGUGUAGAGGAUGUUUGUUUGGCUGUUGGUGAUGUUGUAAGUCAUAACAUUGUGUCGGCAUCUCGAAUGAACAAUACAAUUGUGUUAUUUUUUAGCACUGUCAAAAAUGUAUAAUGUUGUCCGAGGUGUUAAAAAUAAGAAUCUAUUAAAAAUCUAGUUUAAAAUAGAAGUGUAAUUUUUGUGUAAAAAUAAAAUUACUUUAAAAAUGUCAUGUGGUGUAAACAUAACCAAGUAAAAAGUAUAAUAAUACUUAAUUUGCACCUUGAAUACAUGAGAGGUAUUCAUAUUAUAUAAUAUUAUAUAUAUAUAAAUAACUUAAUCAUUAAUUUCAAAAAACAAAAACAAAACAUUAUGCAUUUUUGAGUCAAAAUUAUGUUUUCUCAGGGUUACACCACAUAAACUGAACAAGAUGUGCCCUUUUCAUAAAAAGUCAAAAUGAAUAUCAAAUGUUUUUUUUUAAAGCUUCACACUUAGUCUUGAGGAUCUCAAGGUGUCCUCUCUGUUUUAUGGUUUUUAUGGUCAACAUAAGCAACACAAUGGCUACCUACAUACUGGUUACACCACAUGACUUUGAUUUGGUGGACAAAACCAUUUAAAACAAUUAACCAUAUUUUAAAACACAGUUGUUUCACUGCUUUAUUUUUAAGAAAUAACAAUAAAAGAUUAUUCUGCAGUAGUCAUGCCAACAUUUCAUUUUUCAAGAAUUCAGCUUUUAAUGAGACUUUGAUGUUUAUUAUUAUUAUUAUUUAAUUUUUUUGAUGUUUCUGGACACCACAUUUUUUACUUUUGCUUUUUUAUUUAUUUAUUUUUUUAUGUAUUUUUAAUUUAACAGAUCUGGACAAAAAAAUUACUGUCACGUCAUUGUCCCUUACACGUGGCCAUAAUAUGCACCUGUUACCCUCUGUUAUUGAAUUUGAUGAUGAAUUUUGUGAAUAUAAUCCAUAUGGUCAUGAAAAAGUUUACUGUUCGCUCACUGUCACACACACAUUUUUUAGUAAUGGAAGUUUGGGCUUUUUGAAGCAUGCUUAAACAGUGGUGCUAAAAGUUGUUCUACACACAAAAGUGUUUGAGUUAAAAACAUGCACAUGCUGUAACUGUACAUUUGUCAUAGCAGUAUCUUACCUUCUGUUCUCUUCUUUUUAAAGAAAGACAAAAGAUUUCCUCUAACUGUUCUCUUGGCCAUUUUUGAAAGAACGCUAGAAAGAACAUGUCAACCAAUUGCUCCGACAUACCUGCUGUUGGUGUUUUCAGAAAACCGGGCCUUUUCGCAGUGGAGAGAUAGCUUGCGUGCUCAUGG